UUUUGUUUUUUUGGCCGUCGUAGUUUCAAUUGUUAACACAUCUUCAGCAAACAGGCUAGCGCUGCUGCUUUCCGGCUCCUUUCUUCCAGUGGAUUUACGUUCACGUGUGUUGUUUUUCACUAUGCCUCUUGCGAGAGACUUGCUUCAUCCCUCUCCAGCGGAGGAGAAGAGGAAACACAAACUCAAGCGCCUGGUCCAGCACCCAAACUCCUACUUCAUGGAUGUCAAAUGUCCAGGAUGUUACAAGAUCACAACAGUGUUUAGUCAUGCACAGACAGUAGUUGUUUGUGCUGGAUGCUCCACAAUCCUUUGCCAGCCCACAGGUGGAAGGGCGAGAUUAACUGAAGGAUGUUCGUUUAGGAAAAAGCAGCACUAGGAUAUUCACCUCGAGGAAUGUACUUUCCAUCAGAAGGACAUCGCAACCACUUUGUUGAUUUUUUUUAAUACAAUGGAAUAAAAGUUCAAUCCAA